ACAUCCACCCGGAAAUACAGGCGCCCGUACAAUACGAUUCUCCCUCUCUCCGUUCAUCAGCUGAGAUAUUAUUGGGUAUUGCUGUUUAACUAACAAUCGUAUCUCAUUAAAGUAAAAAGCCAUUCAAAAGCUUUCGUUUCUCUCUACUCUCUGCCACACAUCUCCCAGCAGUCGCAGGCACAGUUUUGGCAGAUGAGAAAAGAAAAGAAAAAGAAAAAAAGAGAAUACCUGAAAACAACCCAUCUGAUUUAGACGCAAAUUUAUACACUCCACACCUUGAUUUGAUAUCUAAAAGGCCCGUUAAGGACUUGAUUGUGUUAAAGUCUCAGUCUUUUUUCCCUUCUGAGUGUUGGGUCUUGGCUACUUUCAAACAGUGCCGAACUUGCUUUCAUAUCACUCUCUGUAAUUCACAGCUAUGAAUUCGCACUACAAAACCCAAGUUUACACUCACAAGACUUGAAUUUCUCAUUUAGUCAGGUUUUCUUGUGUUUUGCAAUGGUGGGUAUGAUUGAUUUGAACACUACGGAGGACGAGGAAACGCCGUCGUCUGGGUCUACGUCGCCCUCUUCGUCCUCUGCUUCUCAUUUAAGCGCUUCUGCUCUGGGUGCCAUUGGUUUACACUGUUCGGGUUCUGUUUCUGGUUCCGUGUGUUUGGAGCUGUGGCAUGCUUGUGCGGGUCCACUGGUAUCGUUGCCAAGGAAAGGGAGUGUGGUGGUGUACUUCCCUCAAGGACAUUUGGAGCAGCUCUCUGAGUCUCGGGCCGUACCCUGUGAUCUUCCUCCUCACAUCUUCUGUCGUGUCCUUGAUGUGAAGCUUCAUGCAGAGGCCCCGAUGGACGAGGUUUAUGCUCAGGUCUCACUGGUUCCUGAAAGUGAGAUUGAACGAAAGUUGCGAGAAGGGAAAGUUGAAGCCGAGGAUGAAGAGGAGGAUAUUAACACAACUAUGAAGUCAGCAACGCCUCAUAUGUUCUGCAAGACCCUCACUGCUUCUGAUACUAGCACCCAUGGAGGAUUCUCUGUCCCUCGUCGAGCUGCCGAGGACUGCUUCCCUCCAUUGGAUUAUACUCAACAAAGACCUUCACAAGAACUAGUAGCAAAGGAUCUGCUUGGCCUGGAAUGGAAGUUUCGACAUAUCUACCGAGGGCAACCAAGGAGGCAUUUGCUCACUACUGGGUGGAGUGCUUUUGUAAACAAAAAGAAACUUGCUUCAGGAGAUGCGGUCCUAUUUCUCAGGGGCGAUGAUGGAGAAUUGAGACUGGGAAUCCGAAGAGCCACACAAAUAAAAUGCAAUGCUGUUAUUCCAGCUCUCUGUUGCCAGCAGAUGAAUCACAGCACUUUCAUUGAUAUGGUGAAUGCAAUCUCUAGGAGAAGUGUUUUCAACAUCUGCUACAAUCCAAGGGCCAGCUCAUCGGAUGUCAUACUACCUUUGCAUAAAUUCCUGAGGAGCCUUGAUUAUUCUUUUUCUGUUGGGACAAGGUUCAAGAUGCGCCUUGAAACAGAAGAUGCAGCUGAAAGAAGAUACACAGGACUAAUAGCUGGUAUUGCUGAUGUGGAUCCUGUUAAAUGGCCUGGGUCGAAAUGGCGAUGCCUUCUGGUUAGGUGGGAUGAUGGUGAGGCCAAUAGGCUCAACAGGGUGUCUCCAUGGGAGAUCGAACCAUCUGGUUCUGUUUCCAGUUGCACUAGCUUGAUGAUGCCUAGUUUAAAGAGGAGCAGGACUCUAUUGCCUUCAGCAAAACCAGAAUCUGUUGCUCCUGAUGGAAUUGGGGCAUCAGAUGUUGGAGAACCUUCAAGGUUCUGGAAGGUCUUGCAAGGUCAAGAAAUUUUGGGUUUUAAUCCUCUUCCCAAUAGUGUGAAUUUUCAUAAUCCGCAUCAAUCUGAAAUAAGGAGGUGCUUUCCUGGUACGCGCAGUUCAGGGACUGGCGCAAUAGGAAAUGGUUUUGGAGAUACACUCGUGAGCUCCGAUAUUCUUAAUAGAAGCGUAUGCUUUGAUGAAUCUUUUCAAUUCCGUAAGGUCUUGCAAGGUCAAGAAAUAUUGCCAAGUGCCUCAUAUGGACGUGCACCAGAAGUUAACGAGACUCUUGAAUUUGGCAGCAUUGGCAUCUCCACUGGUGUUCAAAUGCCGAGAUGGAGAAAUGUAAGGUCUGCCCAUAUGCAAGGAUUUGAUUCUCAUAUGUGCCUCUCUGCACCACCCACACAAGUGUCAUCACCAUCCUCAGUGUUAAUGUUCCAGCAAGCAAGCCAUCCUGCUUUGAACUUCAAUCAACCAUAUGGUUUCAAUGAACAGCAGGACCAGCGAGUUGGCAAUCCAAGUGUGUUUUAUGUUUCUGAAACAUGCAGAGAAAAGCCAAUCUCAUCUUCAUCCAGUGAGCCUAGUUUCGGACGUAACCAUCAGGGAAGCAUGAAUCAUCUUGGUCUAUCCAAUGAGCGUAUGCAACAUGGUGAUUCAGGACCUCUUGUAGGUCAAUCGGCAUAUAGAAGUAAUUCCGAUAUGGUGUCAUCAUGCAAAAGCAGCUGUAGACUCUUCGGUUUCUCAUUGACUGAGGACAGACAUGAUACCAAUUUACAUGAGAGUGAAAAUGCAUCGACAACUCCACUGACUACGGUAUCUUCUUGCGUGGCGGGUGUGAGAGACCGGUUUCAUGUUAAGCCUCUAGCAAUGACCAAGGCAGCUGGAAGCGACUGUACCAAUAAUGUCAUUCUGCAACACAGACUUGAAGCUUAUAACAUCUAUUAGUAAAAUAGUGGUGGUUUACCCUGUGGUGGAGGAUGCCAGCCUUUAGUUAUCUGAAUUAUAUGCCAUUUGCUACACUUGGCUCGGGGGAUAUAGCUCAGUUGGUAUAGCUCCGCUCUUGCAAUUGGGUCGUUGCGAUAACGUGUUGUUAGGUGAAAGUGUAAUUGAUCUCCUGAAGUAACUUUGACAGUAUCUGACUCCUUAGCUUUGAAAAGAACAGCAGCAUCUGUUUACAUCUUGUUAAGUUCCUGUGGAUAAUCUUUCUUCAUUAUUAUUGGAAUGUAAAACAUUUGCGGGUUACCCUGCAAAUUGAAAACAGAAUGAUUGCAUGGUAUUCUCUUGUUUAUCUGUAAGGAAGAUUGUUUGAGUUUCAGAUAUUGAUUCACAUGAUGUUAGAGCAA